AUGAGUGGAAAACGCGCAUCUGCUGGUGACAGUAUUGUAAAACCAGCUGAAAUCAGUCCAGAUCUUCUCGCGAAGCUAGAUCAGCUACAAACAGAACAGGACCGAAUGGUGCUCAAAGAUGAGUUCGAUUCGACAUACAGGAUGGAGGCCUAUUACGAAAAAAGGCGUAGCAAACUAAGGGAAAUUCCAAACUUCUGGUUUACCGUUCUUCAGAAUGAUACCAUGCUCGUGGCGGCCUGUGGAAACCAUAGUGAGGACCAUGAAGCCCUCAAAUACGUCGAGGACAUCUGGGUAACAAGGCAUAGGCCGGAUCCACGAGCGUUCACAAUAGAAUUGCAUUUCAAGGAAAAUCCCUUCUUCUCGGAUAAAGUGUUGAAGAAGGAAUAUAAACUCGCCAAAGAACCAUCAGGAGAAGUUAUAGAUGGCAUCUAUGAUAGCAUGCUCAAUUUCAACCCUGACAAGGAUCUGGUACCCUCUACCCACAAUAUCAACUGGAAGAGUGACAAAGUGAACUUGUGCAAGAGGUACCCGAAACCCGUCAGGCCGGAGGACGAAGACGCCAUGGAUGAGGUCACGGAUUUGGGUAGCUUCUUCAACUUCUUCCAGACUAAGGAGGAUGAACUCGAUCUGGGUCCUCAUUUAGCUGGCGAGGUCUAUACUAGCCCAAUUACGUUCUAUAAAGGAGAGUUCGAUGAUGACGACGAAGAUUUUGAAGAUGAAGAUAUAAGCUCUUCAGAAGAUGACGACAGUGACGCCGAGGAAAUCGAUUUAGAACGUCCAAAGAAGCGAGUGAAACGUGCAUAA